CCAUUUUAUCCACAUGCCAGCUGCAAGGAAUGAAGAUGCUCGUCAAAGUUAAGUUCAGAAGUGAACAGAAGUAUGUGAAAGUUUCUCACAGCGAUUUGAAACUUUCCGAUUUUCUGGAUGAAGCCUUAGUGAAGUUCGGCAUCAGUGUCUCUAGUAGGCCCGAGGCCCGUCUUUACGACGAGUCUGGCACUGAAAUAGACGAGGACGUCUUUGAGGACGUUCUGAAGCAACCGAAUUUGGGUGUUUUUCAGAUACUAUUGCCAGAUUCUUCAAAUGAAUUGACCCAUGUUCCUUCACUACCAAGUGAAGAAAGCUCAAUUGAGAUUUCAAGCAAUGAAUCUGAUGACACCAUUCUUCUAAGUGAUGACAACCCUACAAGAAAGAGGAGAGCUGAAGAUGAAGCAGGAAUUAUGGUCAAAAAAAUUCUGCAGACUAAACCUGGUGGGGAUGGAAUCAUCAGAGAGUACAACAAAACCAAAUGCUUAUCUGACAGCAACAGGAGAAAGAUGGUCAAUAUUCUUACUGCAGAUAUGACUGAAAAGCACAGCUCAUCUCCACCCAAACAAGUAAGAGAACUGUAUGCUCAAGGAAUCAUUGCCCUGUUUCCAUAUCUUAGGGAUCCAUAUGCAAAGCUUGGUUAUGAACAUUAUUAUGACCCUCAAAGUGGACAAGGGUACUUGUCAUGGAAAAUAAAGAACAUUCAGAGGAACAGUGCACCAUCAGAGAUCCGUAGAUGUGUCCCCCAGUCUUUUGGUGGCCCAUCUGCGCAGAGAGAAGCUUCAUUCAGCACAGAAGUUAUCCUGACCGAAGAACAGUAUAGGGAAGCAGUUUCUCUUAUGAAGCAUACUUCAGAGGAGGUGACAGUAAAGGUCAAGAUGAGGGAGACAUUUCAGUAUCGUCGCAAGAUGGUUCAUGACCCAAGCAGAUGCACUGAUGUGCUAACUGAAUUUCCACGUUAUUUGGAUAUUAAAGGCCUGAUUGAGCUGGAUUUUGCUUGUCUUUUUGGUGAAAAGACAGCAGCUAAGUUUUUAGAGAGGUGGCCAACUACAUUUAUGCCGAAAGUCAUUCAGCAGAGCAAGGGGCUUAACUCCUCCCAAGAACUUCAGGACCUGAUUCACUGUGCAGAAUCGGCUGUGGACACUGAAUCAGAUGAAGACGGAUGGGGUAGCGGUCUUGCUUGA